AAGGAACACAAAAAUGAAAGAAAGAAUUGGGUAUCAGAGCGAUAAAGACGCAAUCUUUUGGCAGCUUAUGCUUCGGACACACAAAAAGCGCCUUUGGCCGGUGGUGGGUUUUUCUUCUGCCUCCUGCUGCUGCCGCCCUUUGCCCUCAGCCUUGAUUACAACGAUUAACAUAAACCCAGAAAACAUCAAUACGUCCAUUAAUCCAUCAUCACUAAUCUAAUCUCCAUUAACCUCUAAAAAUUCCCACUUCUUUCAACCAAAAGACGAAGUCUUUUUCCCUUGUUUUCUUCGCUUCUUUGGAGUGUACUACUGCUGCUACUCAGUUGUUGCCGUCAGUGUUACUGUUAGUUUUCUGGGUAGUUGACUUAUUGAACAACAGUUCAGGUUUUGAUUAAGAAUUGACGGAGAAAAAAAGAUGGGUUUUGUUUUUGGGCUAGUUAUGGGAGUGAUAGUUGGACUGGCUAUAAUCGUUGUCUUUGUUCGUUCUGAAAAUGCCAGAUCCAAACGCCGUUCUGAACUUGCGACGACUGUAGCGGCCUUUGCUAGAAUGUCAGUGGAGGAUUCAAGAAAGUUAUUGGCACCGGAGUUUUAUCCUUCCUGGGUCGUCUUCUCCCAGCAACAGAAGUUGACUUGGUUGAAUUCUCAUCUCGACAAGAUCUGGCCCUAUGUCAAUGAGGCUGCUUCGGAGCUGAUAAAGACUAAUGUUGAACCUGUUUUGGAGCAAUAUAGGCCAGCAUUGUUGGCUUCUUUGACGUUCUCAAAGUUCACACUUGGAACAGUCGCUCCACAAUUCACUGGAGUAUCCAUACUUGAAGAUGGAAGUGAAGGUAUAACCAUGGAGUUGGAAAUGCAGUGGGAUGGGAAUCCAAGCAUAAUACUUGAUAUCAAGACUUAUUUGGGAGUCGCAUUACCUGUCCAGGUGAAAAAUAUCGGGUUCACUGGCUUGUUUAGAUUGAUCUUUAGGCCAUUAGUGGACGAGUUUCCAUGCUUUGGAGCCGUUUGCUUUUCAUUAAGAAAGAAGAAAAAGCUGGAUUUCACAUUAAAAGUGAUUGGUGGGGACAUAUCAACAAUACCUGGCCUUUCUGAUGCAAUUGAUGGUAUGAUAAGGGAUGCUGUUGAAGAUUCAAUUACUUGGCCAGUUCGAAAGAUCAUUCCAAUUUUACCCGGGGAUUACAGUGAUCUUGAAUUGAAGGCUGUUGGAACUUUGGAGGUGAAGCUUGUGCAAGCAAAGGAAUUGACAAACAAGGACCUUAUUGGAAAAUCUGAUCCUUUUGCUGAGUUAUAUGUUCGCCCAAUACGUAGUAGAAUGAAAAAGAGCCGAACCAUUAACAAUCAGUUAAACCCUGUCUGGAAUGAACAUUUUGAGUUCAUAAUUGAGGAUGCGUCCACACAACACUUGGUGGUAAAAAUCUAUGAUGAAGAAGGAGUUCAGUCAGCCGAAUUAAUUGGAUGUGCUCAAAUAUAUCUGAAGGAUCUUGAGCCUGGAAAGGUGAAGGAUGUAUGGUUGAAACUAGUGAAAGAUUUGGAGAUCCAGAGAGACAACAAAAACAGGGGUCAAGUGCAUUUGGAGCUAUUGUACUGUCCAUAUGGGAUGAAGAAUGGAUUUACUAACCCCUUUGCCAAGACAGUCUCCAUGACUUCACUAGAGAAGGUUCUUAAAAGUGGUGGCGAAGGAGAAAUUACUGAAAAUGGAGGUGAAGCCAAGAGAAAAAAAGAUGUGAUCAUAAGAGGGGUGCUUUCUGUGACGGUUAUCUCUGCUGAUGAUCUAGCACCGGCUGAUCUGAUGGGCAAGGCUGAUCCUUAUGUGGUGCUCACCAUGAAGAAAACGGAAACAAAGAACAAAACCAGGGUAUGUCGUCCAUAUUUCGACUGGAUGUUAUUGACAUAUCCAUUAACACAUCCUCCUAUAUCCUUCCUCAUCCCUGCUUUAGGGGUUCUGUUUGUCUUAACUUGUUGCACGCUCUUCUCUGUUUUGGAACUUUUCCAGGCUCCUGUGAUAUAUUCUUUGUAUUACAGUAACUCCCACUUGUCUUUUCAUUGUCAAUGCAGGUUGUGAAUGACUGUUUAAAUCCAGUCUGGAACCAGACUUUUGAUUUUGUGGUGGAGGAUGGAUUGCAUGAUAUGCUGAUUGCUGAAGUUUGGGAUCACGAUACAUUUGGGAAGGAUUACAUGGGAAGAUGCAUCCUAACUCUAACAAGGGUUCUUCUUGAAAACGAAUACAAAGACAGCUUGGAACUAGACGGAGCCAAGUCUGGGAAAUUGAACUUGCAUCUCAAGUGGAGACCUCAGCCGAUCUACCGCGAUUCUUCGUAGGGCUACGGUAUUUGGGCUAGGUUUUCAUUGUUAACCACAUAUCCCUCGUUGCACAAUGCGAUUAUUUAGGGCAUACAAGUACUCUUUUUUUUUUUUCCUUGCCCAGUUAUACAUACAGUAAGCAAUGCUUCUACCAUCUAGCCAUCCCCUCCCCCUUACAGAGACCGUUUAACAGUUGGAUUUUGGGUGUACAUAAUAAGUAUUUUUAGGAGGAUGACGUUUAUGAUGAGAUUUUGUAAAGCUCCGGAUCAGCCCGCUUUGGACAUAUGUAGUGUGUACAUUGUACACCAUUAAACAGUGUGGAUCUAAAAAUUCUAGUCCCAUUUGCUCAGCGUUAAUAUGGGUCGAGCAUGAUGUUAUAGGUAGUUUAUCCUCGAAAUAUAUCAAUCUUCUGAAGACAAAGUUUGACACUCUAUUCUUUUUUCUUUUUUUUUUUUAAUUUUUAUAAAAAAAGUUUAUACUCUCCCU